AUGGCUCGGUCCUCUCUCCCAGUGGUAAAGCUGCUGCGGGGGGUUUGCUCAGGGAUCACACAGGGAAGUGUCUUGGAGCAUACGUUUGCAACCUCGGCCACUGCUCCAUCACAGCUGCAGAGCUAA